GGCGACCUAUCCCGACCGGUAGGGGCGUAAUGUAGUAGGCAGAGGUGGUCAUGGUGCAGCAAUGAUGGUCGGUGAUCCAUCGGCCCCCAUUUAGCGGAGUCCAAAAGCCCCUCGUUCUGCCGCCGAUCCCCGCCUUCUCAUGCAUUUCCUUUGAAUGGCUGCAGCUCGCCGCAACGAGCUAGUCUCCUGGAUCGAGACUCGUCUGGACUGCUCUCUAAACGACCCUUUUUCUUUUGUGUCUCUCAUUGAUUCUAUAACAAUGUCUUCGUCUACCCAGAAUAACAGCGCCUUGGAUGUCCAGCCCAAGGACGCGAAGCGUGCACUUGCGGAGGACGCAUAUGAUGACUGUCUAUCGUGCAGAGUUACUGGAUCCGCCGCAUUCAUCGGUCUCGGUGUAUACAGCUACUACUCGGGAUUGAAGAACCUCAAGAUGAAUGAAAAGGCAAUCAUGCAAGGAACAACCAAGUAUAAGAUGGGAUCUCGACGUCUCGGGCUCUUCACCAUCUCUGCGACACUAGUUGGGAUGGGGAUAUAUAGAGCUUUCAACUGAUGAAACCACGACGCUUUGUAUAACAUGUACUCUAUACCAUAUAUUCUACUCUGGAGUUGGUUCUUCUGAUGACGGGAAUGCACAUCAAGUCAAGCGCUUC